AUGAAUAUAUAAACUAAUAUUUAGAGAGAUUUUAUUUGCUAUAACAACUAGGUCGUUUUUAAUUUAUAGUUUCGAUAUCCAAUUAAAUUAUCAAUUAUUACUAGGAAGGAUUCAUAUCUGUAGUUUUUCUUUAAUGUUGGUCUCGAACUUAAGUAUCAAUUUAAUUGA